CAAGCCACGUCAUCAAUGAUGUGCACAGCACGAAAUACACCUCUCUUCCAAUCAACACCUCAAAAUCGAGAGGCUUCUAAUUUCUCCCUCUCUUCUCACAGCGGUGGGCCUCGCUACUGCGGUUUUUCUUUCUCCAAAGAAGUCGGAAACAAACCGCUUAGACUUUUCAAAUCGACACCAACCCCUUUCUGCCCACAAGGUAGAAAAGGAAAAAAGAAAAGAAAAGAAAAAGAAAGAAUAAAGAGGAAGAACUAUUGGUAAAUAAUCCAAUAACAACUAUCAUGCCUCGUCAUACGUAAUAGCAUCGAAUUCAAGCCCAGGCAAUCGCAAAGAAGGGAGAAUGACAGGAGAGCUGAAGCACUCUGUAAAUUCAUGGACGGCUGAGCAGUCCUCAAGGAUCUCUGAAUUUAAUAAGGACGUGUCGUUGAUGUCGGGAGCAAUGGUGAUUGUUGAUGGCAUUGAGGCAUCCGAAAUCUCACAGAGCAGCAAUAGGGUUGUGGAUGCCUCUGCAGGUGAAAAACUGGGGUUGUCUGAGCGGGCUAUCUCUGCGGCUGGUGCAGCGUUUCUAUCCGCCAUUUUGGUCAACCCACUUGAUGUGGCUAAGACAAGAUUACAGGCACAAGCUGCUGGAGUCCCUUACUCCCAUCCAUUAAGUAAUCUUACUUCUCGCAUGUCAUAUUUUGGACCUCACAUGAUGUUUGCUGAUCUGAGGUGCUCUCCCUCGUGCGCACGCGCUGGAGUUCAUGGUACAGUAGCAAUUUGUCCACCUGAUUGUUUCCAUUAUAAGGGAACACUGGAUGUUUUCUGCAAAAUUGUUCGGCAGGAAGGAUUUUCUGCACUCUGGAGAGGAACUAAUGCUGGCUUGGCACUUGCUAUUCCCACUGUUGGCAUUUAUUUGCCAUGCUAUGAUAUUUUUCGCAACAAAUUAGAGGAGUUUACUGCACAGAAUGCUCCUGGAUUAACUCCUUAUACACCUUUAGUUGCUGGGGCUUUGGCACGCUCCUUAGCUUGCACUAGUUGCUAUCCUAUUGAGCUUGCAAGAACACGAAUGCAGGCAUUUAAGCAUAUCCAUGGCGAUAAAAGGCCUCCAGGAGUGUUGAAGACUUUAAUUGACGUUAUCUCCCAAGUCAAAAGUACAACGAGCUUCAAUAACAGCUUGCAAAACUACCGUUUCUUGUGGACUGGCCUGGGGGCUCAGCUUGCUCGUGAUGUGCCUUUCUCUGCAAUCUGCUGGUCAACCCUCGAGCCGGUGAGGAGGCGGCUUCUAGGUGUGAUUGGAGAUGAAGCUAAUGCCGUCAGUGUCCUUGGGGCAAACUUUUCUGCUGGUUUUGUUGCUGGGAGCCUUGCUGCUGCUGCUACAUGUCCACUUGAUGUUGCAAAGACCCGUAGACAAAUUGAGCAAGAUCCGACCAGGGCAUUGAGAAUGACUACAAGGCACACACUCCUAGAAGUUUGGAGGGAUGGGAGGAUGAAGGGUUUGUUUACUGGUGUUGGCCCCCGUGUUGGCCGUGCUGGUCCUUCUGUUGGGAUUGUGGUUUCCUUUUACGAAGUUGUAAAGUACCUUCUAAACCGUCAUUACGCUACAUCUUGACCGACUAGAGGCCUUUUCGUUCCUGUUUUUUUGCCAUAAAUGAUGACUGCUGACUACACAGCUGACUAAGGUACCCGAGGUUGCACCAAAGCACAUGGUGAGUUGAUAUAUAGGCGUAAAUUGCACAGUUUCGAGGGCUACUUAUUUGGGAACUUGUACACACGCGAGGAAAUAAUUUCCAUGUGAAAUUUUCUCCAUAUGUCAAUAAGUUUUCUUCUCAUAUAGUUUUUUGAUUCAAGUGUUUUAGCUAGAUUCGAUGUCACUUGAGUCCACUAUUGAGAAGAGAUUUUUGUAGGGAGAUUAUAACCGGUUUUUACUGGGUCAUGACAUGCAUAUGUUUUUCUUUGGCCAUAUACAUGUCAAAGUUUAGAUUCUAUGUUUCUUUAGUGGCUUUGUGAAUGAGACGGUGAAAAAUAUUUCAUUAACGCGCAAUAAACUGUUUAUAUUUCCUGACAAAAAAAA